AUGAACCAUGAUUUGAGUAAGGUGGUUAAGGAAGAGUUUCCACCACUAUCCAAAGAUAAUCUACGGAGUGGUAAAGGGAAGGAAACGUUUAGAGGUGCAGGGGGAAAGGAGAUGCCGAGGAUGGGGGAAAACCAGAACAAAGAAAAGUCGAGCAAGAACAACGGAGGGCCAAUUCCGAACGCAGAUGAUGGGCCCAAUUCCUGGGGAAAACAGCCGGUCAGCUUUGAGCCAGAAAAGAUGAGGAAAAUGGGGGUACAGGGUGAAUGCUCGGGGCUUCCUUCAAUCCACUUCUCAAGUGAGAAAACAUCCUACCUUGCAGAGAAAAUGGGACACGCUAUAGUGGGUAAGUUUUCUCACUCCAUCUCCUCUUCACAGCAUAUUCAGAAUGCUUUCAUAGGAAUGAGGUUCAAGGGAGAGUUCUCAUGGAAGUACAUAAAUGCUAAGCAUGUGCUGAUUCAAUUCAGCUUAUUAGAAGAUUAUGUGAAAUUGUUGGGGGGGGCGAAUGGAAUGCCGGUGUGGUUUGUUGAGCGACACCAUAUGCGAGUGUUUAAAUGGACGCCGGAUUUCGACCCUUUUUUUGAGUCACCUAUAGCGGCUGUUUGGUGUAAUUUGAUAGGGCUGCCUAUUCAUUUGUUCGAAAAAUUGGCUUUAUUUGCGAUUGGAGGUCUACUUGGAGAGCCUUUGCAGGUGGAUCACGUGACGAUUUCUCGGACCAGAUUGUCCUUUGCUAGAAUGUGCAUCAAGAUAGACAUAUCACAGACACAAACUCAGGAAAUUGUCUUGGAUUUUCAGGGGAGAGAAAUCAGGCAGAUAGUAAAAUGGGAUCGUAUUCCGCAAUAUUGUUAUGACUGUAAACAUUUUGGGCACUCUAGCGAGGUAUGUUAUGCUAACGGUAAGAGGGAAAAACUGGCAAAAAGGACCUAUAAUUUUCAGAAAAGUAAGGAGGUGCCUCAGGAGGAGAUGGGGGGCAAGGGAGGAGAGAAGGUUUUGGGAGUCUUGACUAAUGAGUUGGUCCCAAGGGACGAGGAAAUGAGUGUGGCACAGGAUGGUGGAGAAGGAGUGGGGUUUGGUUCUGGGAAAGAUAAGGGGUUAUUGGUAGAGGAAGUUCAUGAACUUGGGGGAGGGGAGUUUCUCCGACCAGGGAGGAGGCGUGGGAAACAGGGGAAAGGGGCUGGGGAUGCGGUGGGACUGAGGGGAAUUUCCAUCGAUCCUUCUGGGAGCUCUGGUGGGAAGUUUGAGAAAGGAUUUAGCUCUCGCGGCCGGUACAGGAAGAUGUUGCCAAAUGGAGACUUUGACCCUGAUGUGUAUGAAGACGAAGGAGAUUGGUACCCAGAGGAAGAUCCAGAUCAUGAUAAUGAGAUGGAGCAGGAUCGGCUCCUGGAUAAAAGGGGGCAGAUUUGGAUUUUUGCAGCGGAGGGUUUUGAGGUGGAUGGGUGGGAUGAUUCUAAGCAGGUUCUACAUGCGAGGUUUGAGACACCCCUGUUGCCGGCACCCUUCUUUGUUUCUGUGGUGUAUGGUAAAUGCUUUAGGGAAGGCAGAUUAGAGAUGUGGGAUAAACUUCGGGAAAUUGCAGCUAGUUUGGAUGGAGGAGAGACAAGGGGGUGUGAGGAAGAGAAGGAGAGAAUGUUGGACUUUGCCGAGGCCAUCAGCGAUUGCCAACUCCUAGAUGUGGGAGCUGAUGGACCCAAGUUCACAUGGGCACGAGGGAACGUUUUUGAGAGGCUAGAUAGAGUUCUUCUGGGUGAGGGAUGGGCGAACAUGCUUGAGUCUACCCAUGUUUCAAACCUUCCCAGGAUCUUAUCUGAUCAUUGCCCUCUGCUGGUGGAGGCCCGACUUCCGGGGCCACGUGCUAAACCUUCCUUUCGAUUUCAGAACAUGUGGGUAAGAUACCACUUGUUCCUUAAUGAGGUUGAUAGAUGCUGGAGGGAGGGAACAGGUACAAGAGGAAUGAUCAAUAUGCAGAUUAAACUGAACCAGCUGAAAAGUAGUUUGAAAAUCUGGAAUCGAGUAGUUUUUGGUAAUGUAUUUGAAGGGCUGAAAAAGGCGGAAGUAGAGGCUAAAGAAGCCAUGGAAAGGUAUGAGCAGGACCCUUCUCCAGAUUUGCGCUCUGAAUUGAAUAGGUCGACGGCUAAUUUUAUCUUGAAGCUUAAAAUGGAGGAGGAUUAUUGGCGGCAGAAGGCAGCACUUAAAUGGGUGGCGGAGGGAGAGAGGAACACAAAAUUUUUCCAUGGAUGGGUAAAGCAAAAGAGAAUUAAAUCUAGAAUCCAUAUGAUUGAAGAUGGAGAUCAUAUUCUGACAGAGGACAAGGAUAUCAGAGACUCGGCUGGAAACUUCUUUAAAAAUUUACUAACUGGCGAGGUUGAGUCUCUUGAGGAGCCGGACCUUGGUAUCCUAGAAUCCCUUCCUAAUCAUGUAAAUAUGGAAAUGCUGGAGAGAACACCUUUUGAGGAUGAGAUUAAGCAAGUAGUGUUUAGUAUUAAUGCUGAAAGUGCUGCAGGCCUAGAUGGAUAUUCUGCUUUGUUCUUUCAUGUUUGCUGGGAGAUUAUCAAGGAAGAUGUGGUUGAUGCGGUGCGGGAAUUCUUUUCAGGCUCCCAGAUUCCGAGAGGUAUUGCAGCCACUCUUAUUGUUCUCAUACCAAAAAAGAAAAAUCCUACAAGGUGGGCAGAGUUUAGACCAAUCAGCCUGUGUAACGUUAUAAAUAAGAUAAUAUCCAAGCUUCUUACUUCUCGGAUGGCUCCUCUUUUGCCAAUACUUACAGUGUCGAACCAGAGUGGUUUUAUUAGAGGUCGGUUGUUAAGUGACAAUGUGUUCCUUGCGAAGGAGUUGUUUCAUGAAAUCUGGAAGGGAGUGGUAUCUCCAAACAUGGUCCUUAAACUUGACAUGGAAAAAGAUUACGAUCGUGUUCAGUGGCCAUUUCUUCUUAAGGUGUUAAAGAAGAUGAGCUUCUCGGAUAAGUGGGUAAGCUUUAUUGAAAAUUGCAUCUCCCCUUGUUGGUUUUCGGUCUUAAUUAAUGGGAGUGUUGCUGGUUUCUUUAAGUCGUCUCGGGGCCUCAGGCAAGGGGAUCCUAUCUCCCCAUCUCUGUUCAUUCUUGCAGCAGAUUAUCUCUCGAGGCUUCUUGAUCGCCUCAUCCUUGGGCGAAAAGAAAUGAUGUACCGAAAAAUGAGAUAUACUAUGGGAAUCUCUCAUUUGGCUUACGCGGAUGAUAUAAUUGUAUUCUCACAAGCUCAGAGAGCGUCAGUUUUGGAGCUGGUUGAGUGUCUAGAACAUUACAUGAAGGUCUCGGGUCAGAAAGUAAAUGUGGGAAAGAGCUAUUUUUAUUUAGACAAAAAACAUCAGUCAUGGGCAAGAGAAGUCAUGGAAGCUAGUGGUUUCCAGCAACGAGAACUCCCUUUUCUUUAUCUUGGAGUGCUUAUUUUCAGAGGCCCGAAGAAAACAAGUUUGUUUAUGUUCCUGCAGGAUAAGAUCUCGGCACGAAUCCAUAGUUGGAGUCACAGGAACUUAUCCUUUGGCGGCCGGCUAACUCUGAUUAAAAGUGUCCUUGGGGCUCUUCCCAUUCAUAUCUUCCAAGUUCUUAAUCCCACCAAGGGGGCUUUAAAACAGAUUGAACAAGUCAUGGCUAGAUUUUUGUGGGGCUCAUGCAAUACGUCAAGGAAAACACAUUGGAUUAAAUGGCAGCGGGUAUGUCUUCCGAUAGAGGAAGGGGGUGUGGGGAUUCGGAACUUGGCAGAUGUUAUUGAGGCUUUUAGCAUCAAGAUGUGGUGGAGGUUUCGGGAGCAAAGGUCGUUGUGGGCGCGGUACAUGCAUCAGAAAUAUUGCUCCAAAUCCUUCCCUCUGGUAACCUACCGCUCAAACCGAUUUAGCCUGAUGUGGAGACGGUUGUUUAAAGUAGGAAGCCUUUGUCGGGAGCAGGUUCGGUGGGUUCUGGGGAAUGGUGAGAUCAGUUUUUGGUAUGAUUCCUGGGUGCUGAGUACGCCUCUUGUAGAGAUGUGUGACCCAGGUGUGAUUCUGGCAGAGGAGGUGGGGUUACCGGAUAGAGUUAUUGAUAAGAUCUUGCAAAUCACGUUUGAUGGAAGGAGUAGAGAUAUGGGAAGAUGGAAACUUACAGGAAAUGGGGAUUUUUCCCUGGCAUCAGCAGGGAAUCUGGUGCGAGAUAGAGAACGCAAUGAAAAUGUUCACAGGGAUAAGGCUUUUGAUGUGGCAAAUGUGAUCAAGAGAGUUAAUGUGAAGUUGAGGCAUUUGGUUGUGGCCAAGUUACUAGGCCCUGAACAUUGGAAAUAUUGUAGUCCUAAGCUGGAUGAGAUGCUUCCUCAACGGGCAGGGGGAGGAGGGGUGCUUAGAGAUAGUGAGGGGGAUAUCCUUGCCACCUUUGCUGCUGAUCUGGAUGCCGGGUCAGGGCUGGAGGCUGAAGCCAUGGCAUUGAUGAUAGGCGAGAGGCUUGCGAAGAAACAUAGCAACCGUAUCUCGAUUGAGUCAGAUUCGGAAACAGUGGUCCGGUGGCUUCACACAGGCCAUCUUGGCCCGGCUGAAAUAUGUAAUGUUUUGGCUAGAGUAAGGAAAGAACUGGAGGGUUGCGUUUGGAGAAUCUCCCAUAUUUUUAGAGAAGGGAAUAAGGUAGCAGAUUUUCUUGCAGGGCGUUCAAUGCUAUUCAGGUGGAGAUGUGAGAUUGCUGGUGGAGGGAAUGAUGAACAGGAAGUUAUCUGCUGGUUCUAG